CUUUGAUAACUGUUUGCUAUAUAUAGGAUAUGUUUAAACAUGGACAGUAAACAGAAUGUUAUAAUGAUAAAUAUAUUUCUUUUAUGUUUCCUUUGCUUUGGAAACAUACUUUGCAACUAUGUAUGCAAUAACCAGACAGAAUGUAACUAUAACGCUGGAAAUGGCGUGUGUGAUUCAAGCUGCAAUAAUCUGAACUGUAGUUACGACAGUGGUGAUUGCGUAACAAAUAACAACCCGUGGAGUAAAUGUACUGAAGCAGCCAGAUGUCAGUCUAGCUUUUAUAAUGAUACAUGUGAUUCUUCAUGUAACAAUGAACUGUGUUUAUACGACCAGCUAAAAUGUAAGCCUUCUUUUACGACUGACUGUUUCGCUACCUGCUUGAAUGAAUGGGGUAAUGGCAAUUGUAAUAGUUCCUGCAAUAAUGUAGAGUGUGGAUAUGACGGUAACGACUGUAAUGUUGUCGGCAGUACUGUAUCAGGUACCAUGUUAGUUUAUGCUAAGUCAGAUAUGCCACGACCAAGCGACACGGCAAGGUUCAUCGGAUUUAGCUUGAGUCUAGCGACACGGACUAUUGUAUCUAUGAAGUUAAGUGUGAAAUACAAUGGAACAGUCCCAGAAAUUGAAUCUUUAGGCGAUCCUGGACUACGAGUUUUAUACCAAGUCCAGAACAUACCAGACUGUAAUACAGAUAGCCAUGCAGUAUGUUGGAACAGUAUGAAUCAGCUGGCAAUGUAUUGUGCCGCUUUCAGCAAAGUCCUGAACAAUUUUGUUCACUCUGUAGGUGUCAACGUGACCAUAACAAAAGUUUUAGCUUGUCAAGAUGGUUUCUAUGGAGAGGACUGUAACCUGCCAUGUAAUAUCAACUGUAAAUCUGGUUGUUACCUUUUUGAUGGAUCGUGUAUUGGUGGUUGUCUAGGCAACUUCAAUGGCGAUAUGUGUCAGUUCCUGUGCAGUUCUAAUUGUAGACUGGGUUGUUCCUCUGGUAGCCUAUGUAUAAGCGGUGAAUGUAAUGCGGGAUAUACUGGCGCUGAAUGUACAACAGAAUGUAGUAGUGGAACGCAUGGAUCUAACUGUGAAAGUAACUGUAGUUUAGGAUGCUUGGAUGGUAAUUGUAAUGUAUUAGAUGGAUCAUGUAACUGUAGAAGUGGAUAUAAUGGUACUCAAUGUGAAAUAGAAUGUACAGAUGACACUUAUGGUUUUAACUGCAAUGGAACUUGUGGGAACUGUUUGUAUGGAUCCGCCUGUGACAAAAUGAAUGGUUCCUGUCUUUAUGGUUGCAAUGCUGGGUACUAUGGAAUUUUGUGUACACACGUAUGCCCUGAGGGAACACAUGGUUCUGGUUGUUCCAUGAACUGUACAAACUGCGUGAAUAACACAUGUCUCCCGACAACAGGAAACUGCAGAGCAGGGUGCGUAACUGGUUGGACGGGUGAAGACUGCUCAACGGCUAUAACAACAAUAAUAUAUACAACCAACACUACAACACAAAUUACCGUUGCCAUCGGGGGUGUGCUAGCUGCCUUGUUUGGAUGUGUCAUUAUUCUUUUUUUCUUCGUCUGGAGAAGAGGCAAGAAAGACAAUUACCAAUCUCAUCUUGAUACACAAAUUAUCAUUGGCGAAGGAAAGAAAGCACAUCAUUCAGAUACAGAAAGUCAACAAUCUACCUCAGAUGCUGGCGGAAUUAAUGAAGCUAUAAAUGAAACCGGGAACGAAGAAAUAACUGAAAUAGAAUGGAAGGGUUUACUCAUCAUCAACAUGGCGUUACAUAUCAAAUUGUAUGUUUAUGUAUCGUUAUUCAUACUUCUUCAAACAGUAAGUUGUUCGGCAGACAGUUCCUGUAAGUGUCCUUAUCCAACAUAUUGUCAUGGUGGAAGCUGUAUGUGCAGAGAUGGGUUCAAUACAACAAACUGUACUCAAUCUCCUGACAUGUGCUACUGUUCUAGUGGAGAAGAAUGUAUGUACGGCGGAAACUGUACGUGCGCACAAGACGUCCAAUUUUCCUGUAUAAUGCUUCCAUCAUGUGACAGCAAUGUUAAUAUUUCAUGUAAAUAUAACGGAACGUGUGUAAUAAAGGAAAAUCAACCAUACUGUAUAUGUCCAUCUAAUAUAACAGACUGUACUCCAAACCGAUGUGAUGAACAGCCGUGUCCUGUUGGUGAAUGCAUACCCAGAGAAAACAAUGAAUAUGAUUGCAAUUGUCCGAACGGAGGUGUUGGUAAAGAUUGCAAACUGAACAUACACUGCACAGAAGGGUUUUGUACAAAUGGUGGAACCUGUUUUGAAUUCAAGUAUGCUAGAUGUAGAUGUAUGCCAGGUUACUCUGGCCCACGGUGUGAGAACAAUUACAUGUUAAGCGAGUGUGAUAAAUUUGCAACAAGAAAUGAAACCCUUAAUCCCAACACGAAUAAAACAGAAUGCAUAUGCAAGCCAAAUUUUAAAGGAAAGACUUGCAGUUUAUUGGACUGUACAAAACAGAAUGAAUGUGUAAAUGGUCUGUGCUAUUCUGAUCCUUCGGCAGCUUUAAGAUCUAAGUGUGUCUGUCCAUCAGGAAUGACUGGUACCUACUGUAAUCAUGAUAUUGAUGAAUGUGAAGAAACACCUUGUUCUAAUAACGGGAAUUGCACCAAUUUGAAAGGAACCUUUGAAUGUCACUGUCCAGACAAUUCAACUGGAAAAUAUUGUGACAAUAAGCUAAGUGGUUGUCUGAAUCCUGAAAAAUGUUUAGAGGUGGCUCAAGAUGGAACAUGUGAUGCUAACUGUAAUGUUUUGGCUUGUAAAUAUGAUGGCGGCGAUUGUAUCUUGAGCACAGAUCCCUGGGACAGCUGCACAGAAGAAAAAGGAUAUUGCAGGUCAUUGUCAGGCAAUGGACAAUGUGACCAAACGUGUAACAAUGAAGCUUGUCUAUUUGACUUAUCAGACUGUAACAAAAUGGACAACACGUCUUGUCCGGAUAGUUGCACUGAAGUAUGGGGCGAUGAACAAUGUCACCCUCAGUGUAAUUCACGUGUAUGUGGUUAUGAUGGUUCCGAUUGUAUUGGGACAGAAUCUUCAUCAAUAGGAACAAUGGUGGUGAAUUACAUUUCAAGAUCAGCGGAGGGAUACAGUUCAGUUGGACGUUUAUUGAGCAGCUACAGUGGCGCAUAUUUCAUGUUUAAAGCACAGACCAAUCCAAUUGUAAAGCUAAAUACAGAACCAUUUAAACUAAUGUCUACUUCUGAUAGGCAAUCAAAGUAUACAGCCUUUUAUGCUGUUAGCAAUUCAGUGAAUUGCACAAAAUCUGAUGGGUGUUGGAAUGACACUGAAUCAUUGUCCAGAUUUUCUGCAGUGAUCUAUAUGAAGAAUGAAAUGAUCUUUCAUCAUAAUAUGAUACCAAUUACGAUAAAAAAUAUAAAAGCAUGUUCGGUUGGUUACUAUGGUGAAAAUUGUGACCAUCCUUGUCCUACGCAUUGUAACAAAACUUUAGAGUGUAACAUGGCUACUGGUGCAUGUCUAACCGGUUGUGUUGAAGGCUACUGGGGAUCAAAGUGUACAUUUCCGUGUAGUGAGCACUGCGAUAAAGGAGGAUGUGAUGCUAUUGAUGGGAACUGUACAGAUGGCUGUAAAAAAGGAUAUGUAGGAGCACGAUGUGAUCAGAAAUGCCCGGAUCGAACAUAUGGAAUGAACUGUAUACAGAACUGUAGUGUUAAUUGUGAGAAUGAUACAUGUGACCACGAGAAUGGUUCAUGUACCUGCAUGGCAGGAUAUAAAGGGGAAGAUUGUACAACAGAAUGUGAAAGUGGAAAAUAUGGAAAAAAUUGUAUGUUUCACUGUGGAAUGUGUUUAAAUCAAGAAACUUGUGAAAAAGUGAAUGGAAAAUGUCCAUCUGGCUGUGAAACAGGAUAUAGUGGCGAAACAUGCAAUCAUUGUGAACAAGGAAAAUAUGGUAAAGACUGUAAACUUUCUUGUCCUAAUUGUGAAAAACAAAUGUGUAAUCCUGAUACUGGAGCCUGCACUCACGGAUGUACACCGGCGUAUACUGGACUCGACUGUAAAACAGUUUUAAAGUCUGGACAGAAGCAAGCCAAUGCCAAUAGUUCAACCAUCAUAGCAGUGAUAAUAGUACUUGUUAUACUUAUAGUAGUUGGACUAGCAGUGGCAUGCAUAUUAUGGAAAAGGAAUCAGGAAGGUUCUUAUGUUAUGGACGAAAAAAAUGCAGACCAAAACAAUAUAUCUGAAUUGGAACUACAGGCGGUUCAUGCAGAAGAUGAACCUUUAGUUGCUGUAACACCUACUGAUAAGAACUUCCCGGACGCGAAGCUUGUCAUUGAAAGUGAAGGUGGUAACCAAGAAGAAGAUGACAAACAGCAGAGUGAUACCACAAGGUCAAGUAAGGCUAGUGACUUCCGUCCAGAGAGUAUUCAUGGUAACGGUCCAGGAGGCGUUUAUGUCGGCACAGCCGAAAACGGUGCUACUCAAAUUGAAACUAACGACAGUUCGGAAAUAUCGGAAUGUGAGACCACUGAAGACAGCUCCGAAAAAGAUAGACAGCAAUCUGAACCAAUAAGCAUUCAGGAAUCUAGAAAGGAAGAUACAACGCAGUCUGGCGAAAAUAGUGCCCAAGGUAUUUCAGCAAGCGACAACCAACAAUCUUUAGAUGACCAGAAUGAAAAUACUUCAAAGGCAAGUGAAAAAGGCCAGGAUUCAAAUGAACGAUAUGAAACUGUCGAGAAACUAGACAUGAAUAAAGAAGAACCUGUAACCACAGUAGAUAAUAACGGUGUAGUAAAUACCGAUCAGUUGUAACAUUGUUAAUAUUUUCUUUAUACAUAUGUAAAUAAGCAUAAAUUAAAAAAAAGAAAUAGA